AGGGUUUUCCUCUUUGCCCCAGCCGACGACUCAGCAAAAAGGAAGAGGUAGAGCCGCCGUCGCAGUCAUCGGAGUUGACAUUCUCAGUGAAAAUGGCGGACACCAARGCAGUGACUAUCCGUACAAGGAAGUUCAUGACAAAUAGGCUUCUUUCCAGGAAGCAAUUUGUAAUUGAUGUGCUCCAUCCUGGAAGGCCAAAUGUCUCCAAGGCUGAAUUGAAAGAGAAAUUAGGAAGGAUCUACGACGUGAAAGAUCCAAAUUCCAUCUUCGUAUUCAAGUUCAGGACUCAUUUUGGUGGGGGGAAAUCAACUGGUUUUGGUUUGAUCUAUGAUUCUGUUGAGAAUGCAAAGAAGUAUGAGCCAAAAUACAGACUUGUYAGGAAUGGAUUGGAUACCAAGAUUGAGAAGUCAAGGAAGCAGAUGAAGGAAAGGAAGAACAGAUCAAAGAAGAUCCGGGGAGUAAAGAAGACAAAGGCUGGGGAUGCUGCCAAGAAGAAGAAGUGAGAAGCUUGAGGAAUUUUGUUGUGGUUAUUUUGAAGGCCCUUUUGGUAAUUUUGAACCUUAUAUAUUUCUUGAAAUUAAGAUGAAAUUGUAUGUGUCGAAUUUUUGUGCUAUCAGGAGAAUGUUGUUCGUAGUCUCAUCUUUGAACUCCAUUUUGGUCUUAUUGUGAUGGUUAUAUAUCUUGAGGGUAUGCAAAUCUGUUUCAAUUUUCC